UCUAUUUAAAUCCCCAUUAAUAUAACUCUUCACCUUCCAUCUGGUCUCUUCUCUGUAUCCCCCCUCUCAACCACGCCGGAAAAUUAUAUCUUUCCGAUGAUUGCAACCGCUUUUUUAUUUGUUUAGCUCUUUUUGCAAAUGGGUUGAUUCUUGCUCUACUUAUCUGUAUAAUUUUAUAGUUCAUCACUGAAGCGACUCAUCUUCCUUUGGCUUCCAGGACUGUUUUUUCUUUCUUUCAGCGAGAAAGCGAAAGAAAAUCAGUCUGAAACUCUUUCAACAUUAUAAAGACUCAGUUUUUAUUCCUUUUCUUCUCUCAAAACUCUACUCAUUUUCUCAUUUUACUAUUUUAGUAUCUUGUAAAAUCCACCAGAAACAAUGAUCUCGGUAACAGAUCUCUACCAUGUGCUCACAGCCGUUGUGCCGCUCUAUGUAGCUAUGAUCUUAGCUUAUGGCUCCGUGAAAUGGUGGAAAAUCUUUAGCCCGGAUCAGUGUUCGGGCAUCAACCGAUUUGUUGCUCUCUUUGCCGUACCUUUGUUGUCUUUUCACUUCAUCUCAACAAACAACCCUUAUGCCAUGAACUUAAGGUUCAUAGCUGCUGACACUCUUCAAAAAAUCAUAGUCUUGGGGGUGCUGGCUAUCUGGUCUAGAACCAGCUCAAGAGGUUCUCUUGAAUGGUCUAUAACGCUGUUCUCGCUCUCUACUUUACCCAACACUCUUGUUAUGGGCAUCCCUUUGUUGAAGGGAAUGUAUGGAGAGUACUCAGGAAGCUUGAUGGUUCAAAUAGUUGUGCUUCAGUGUAUAAUAUGGUAUACAUUGAUGCUCUUUCUGUUUGAAUACAGAGGAGCUAGACUCUUAAUUGCCGAACAAUUUCCUGACACUGCUGGUUCUAUUAUCUCCUUUAGAGUUGAUUCUGAUAUCAUUUCUUUGGAUGGUAAAGAGCCAUUGCAAACUGAGGCUGAAGUUGGUGAAGAUGGCAAGCUUCAUGUGACAGUAAGGAAGUCAACAAGUUCAAGAUCAGAAAUUUUCUCAAGAAGAUCACACGGACCUAACUCAGGCGUUUCCUUAACCCCAAGGCCAUCAAACUUAACCAACGCAGAGAUUUAUUCUCUCCAGUCAUCAAGGAACCCAACUCCAAGAGGCUCUAGUUUCAACCAUACAGAUUUCUAUUCCAUGGUUAAUGGGAAAAAUAUAAGCAAUGUGAGCCCAAGACAAUCUAACUUUGGGAACUUGGGUUUUGAUGAAGAAAAUGGAGUCGGUGUAUUUGGUAAUGUGAACAGAGCCAAUGGAGGCACUUAUCCGGCUCCCACAGCGGCAGGUAUAUUCUCUCCUGUGGCCGGGCCUGGUGCAAAGAGGAAGGCAAAUGGUGGUGAAAACGGCAAGGAUUUACAUAUGUUUGUGUGGAGCUCAAGUGCUUCUCCCGUUUCAGAAGGAGGAAUUCAUGUGUUCAGAGGUGGAUCUGAAUAUGGGAAUGAGCUUGGUGGGAUUCCUCACCAGAAAGAGUAUGAUGACUUAGGUAGAGAUGAUUUUAGUUUUGGGAACAAGCCGGUGACGAAUGGAGCUGACCAUGAAGGGCCAGUUCUCUCCAAACUUGGUUCAAGCUCCACAGCUGAGCUUCACCCGAAAGCUGGUGCUGGUGAACCCAAGCCAACAGCUAUGCCACCUGCUAGUGUUAUGACCAGACUCAUUCUGAUUAUGGUGUGGCGAAAACUCAUUAGGAAUCCUAACACUUACUCCAGCCUCAUUGGUCUCACCUGGUCUCUUGUCUCAUUCAAGUGGAAUGUAGAGAUGCCUGCGAUAAUUGCUCGGUCAAUAGCCAUUCUGUCUGAUGCUGGUCUUGGAAUGGCCAUGUUUAGUCUUGGUUUGUUCAUGGCAUUACAGCCAAAGAUUAUUGCCUGUGGAAACUCAAUUGCAACCUUUGCAAUGGCUGUGAGAUUCCUCGCAGGUCCUGCAGUUAUGGCUGCCGCCUCAAUUGCAGUUGGCCUUCACGGCCCCUUAUUGCAUAUUGCUAUAGUGCAGGCUGCCCUUCCACAAGGCAUAGUGCCCUUUGUUUUUGCCAAGGAGUACAAUGUUCAUCCUGACAUACUGAGCACAGGGGUCAUUUUUGGAAUGCUAGUAGCCCUUCCCAUUACUCUUGUUUACUACAUCUUGCUUGGGCUCUGAAGCUGAUAUUAAAACACUAGUUGAAGCAGUAAUCUCACCCAUUUGAAAUUCGGGUUUUUUUGGACUUUUCUAACAGAAGAAUAUAGAAUUUUCUUGACUUGGGGGAAGAAGAAGAGAGAGAGAAAGACUAAGCUGUGAAGCAUAAAAAUCUUUGGGGCAUGGAAAUUUUUGUUAUGUUUAUUUUUAUCUCCAACAAGCCUUGUGGUUCAGUUUAGCUUUUGUUCACUCAUUUGAUUAAAGAAGAAAGUAUGAAACUCGUUCUACCUUUCCUCUAAA